AUGGAGGGAUGGACGGAGCUUUGCGACAUGAUAGUAGAGAAUCCGAACAAAUUAUGGGAGAAUCUUAUUUGGAUUUGCCGAGAGUGUCCGCAACCUAUAACGGCAAGAGUUUCUCGGAGUCAACUCAACGCCGUCUUGUCCGUCGCUCGGAUUAUCUCCAGUAACGUGGACACAGCCGAAAACCAUGGAAAAUCCGUCGUCCUCGAUUUCUUCCAGACUUUAGACAAGUCCUUCCACCGUUCGUUCUGGCCCUACUCGUUCACGCUAAAGUCGAUUUCCGCCUUCUAUUGCAGUUUCCUAGGUUACGUUUCGUGUCUGUUCGGUACCAAAGUUUCAGAGCUUAGAUGGGAUGAGAUCAUGAGCUCCGGUGACAGCGACUUGGAUCCGGAAAUCUGUAGGGCUUUUCUGGUCGCUAUUUCUCAGAAUUUUCCGUCCAUUCAGCCGUCUGACGGCGGUGACAGAUUGACUGCGAUUCUGCUCCAUCAAUUUACACAGAAAGAAGUGGCUUAUUUGGAGCACGACACCAUCGAGAGUUUGGAGCAGCAAGAGAUUGCUUUCAAACUGAUAACUCAUAUUUUGGGUAAAGUGAAUGUCGAUUCCAAACUCCACCUUCACGUCAGAUCUAUUGCUAAGAAGCACCUCCAGUCCAUGCCUGCGUUUCUCAAACAAGAACCAGUUCUGAAAAGUAUAGUCAAUGCCAAAAUGUAUGUUUAUCAGGCCGCAGCUAAAAUGGAAAUCGAGAGCCUCUUGUCCCUUGAAACAGAUGGAAGGAAAAAAAUUGUCUUGGAGGCUCUUACAUUGCUAUUAGAUGCUGCUGAUGCCUGUUUGAAAUCCGUUUGGCGGAAGAUGAAGACAUGUGAAGAACUGUUCGGUUCUCUGCUUUCUGGGAUUGCCAAGCUUGCAGUGGCAACAGGAGGGCAGCCACUUCGUUUGUUUCUCUUCCGACUUAAACCAAUGGUACUGGCUGUCGUCUGUGUACAGUCGGUGAGAAAUCAGGGGAUUAUUUAUGAGAGUGUAUGUAAAUUGAGUUGUGAGAUUAUUGAAUCUGUUUGGGACAAGGAUCGAGCUUUACUGGACACCUUCAUCCUGGGGUUAGCUUCAAUUAUUCGUGAAAAGAAUGACUACGAAGACCAGGUUGGUAGAGAGAAGGAAGUUCCUCCUGUACAGCUGCUUGCUGAUAUUUGCGUUGCUGUUAAAAAGUCAGAAGUAGCGGACAUGAUUUUCCCAUUUUUAAUUGAAAGCCUAGAAGAGGGUGAUGCUUCAACUCCCCUCUCUUUGCAACUCCAACUUCUUGAUGCUGUAUCUCGGAUAGCAACAUUAGGGGUUGAGACGUCCUACCGUCAGACAGUAGCUCUGAUGAUUAGAGGUUACUAUAGCCAAAUAUCGACAGGGGGAUCUGUGGAAAGGAAAACAUCAGCACCAAAAUCUCGAACUGAGUACGUAGAGACUCUUGCUGCAGGCUUUCUUACAAUUGCUAGUGGUCUUAUGAACACAAAACUGCGUGCAGACUAUCUCCAUCGUCUGCUUUCCUUAUGUUCAGAUGUAGGCCUGACUUCUGAGUCCAGGAGUAAAGGGAACGGUGCAGACCUUUUAGGUCCUCUUCUUCCUGCUGUUGCGGAAAUAUGUUCGGAUGUAGAUCCUACUUCAAAUGUGGAACCGUCACUUUUGAAACUGUUUCGCAAUCUAUGGUUCUAUAUAGCCCUUUUUGGCUUAGCACCUCCUAUUCUAAAACCUCGACCUGUAGGAGGGCCUUACAUGUGGAACACUCAGUGGUCUCUUGCUGUUCAGAGGAUUUCUCAAGGCACUCCUCCCCUUGUAAGUUAGU